AAGGCUUUAGAGCAUUUUGUUCUGCGCAAUGAGUUACUUUCUGUCCUACUGCAAAGGACAUUGUGGUUCUGUGUUGUCUCAGUACCAAACCCUCCGCAGCGAAGGCUUGUUGUGUGACAUUUUGUUGAAGGUGAAAGAAAAUGAGUUCCCUGCUCACAAGUCUUUGCUGGCCUGCUCCAGUGAUUACUUCAGGGCAAUGUUCAAGAGUUAUACCAAAGAAUCAAAGGCUGCCAUCAUUCACCUGCAAGUCAUCUCAGCCACUGGUUUGCAACACGUUCUGGAUUUCAUUUAUACUUCUUGGUUGCCUUUGUCUUUUGCCAGCCUGGAAGACACGUUGGAAGCUGCUACCUACCUGCAAGUGUCUGAGGCAGUUGUCUUGUGCAGCCAAUAUUUGGCUAACAAUCUUACCCUAGAGAACUGCUGCUUUUCUGCCAAUGUUGCUGCAAGAUUCUAUCUUCCAGAUGCUUUGUCAGCUGUAGAAAAAUAUCUCAUUUUUAAUUUCUGGAAACUCCUAGACCUUGAUUUUGCAGAACUGCUAGAACUGAAUUUCAGAUCUUUGAAGGCAGUAGUUGAAUGUUCAGAUCUGCCUAUGGUGAAGGAAUCUAAUUUGCUAGAUCUAUUGCUGAAGUGGCUGAAGUAUGAUAAAUUGAGGCUGACACAUACAACUAGCUUAUUGGAACACAUACGAUAUGGUCUUAUUCCUGUGGAAGAUCUGAGAAAAGUCUACACUCAAUCAGAAGUGCCACUAACAGCCCCCAUAAAAUGCUUAAUCAUAAAAGCAAUAAACUACCACUCAUUCAUCUUUAGGCAACCUAUCCUACAGGAUAAGUACAGCACACUGAGAAACCAGAAGACGCGGAUUAUCCUGCUUGGAGGUAUGAUUCAACAUGAAGGGCCCAGCAGGGAUGUGGUGGCUUUUGAUGUUUACAAUCACAAAUGGCAGAUUUUAACACAGGUGCAGGAUCGACUACAAAAUCACUGUGUGUGUACAGUUGGGAACUUUCUGUAUGUGCUAGGUGGAGAAAUAGAAGAUUUGCAAAGUGAAAUGAAAAGUCCCACUUUAACAGUGACAAACAAAGUCCAUCGCUAUGACCCCAGAUUUAACAAGUGGAUACAAAUCAACGGCAUGCUAGAAAAAAGAUGCCACUUUUCUUGUUGCAUCCUAGAAAACACCAUUAUUGCAAUUGGCGGUCAAGGUAAGGAUGGAUCAUUACAUUCAUCUGUCGAAGCCUACAACAUUAGCCGAGACACAUGGACAAAAGUUCGAGAUUUGCCAUGCAAAAUCCAUGGUCAUGCCGGCACUGUUUGCAAGAAUAACAUUUAUAUAUCGGGUGGCAAAUGCACAAAUCAAAGUAACACAAGUAAGGAUUUGUACUCUUUGACUACACUAGAAGGGCAAUGGAAAAAGCAAGCCCCCAUGAGCAUUGCCCGGUUUGGGCAUCAGAUGGCCACCAUAAGAGAUUGCAUCUUUACAUUUUUAGGCCUUUAUGAACCAUUCUCUGAAAUUGAAAAAUACAAUCCUGACCAAAAUCAAUGGACUCGUCUAAGGCCAUUGGUCUAUGAUCGAUUUAGUUAUGGUUUGGCAGUAGUGGAGGAAACUGCCCUUCUCAUUGGGGGGAAGAAGUGGCAAGAUUCCCAGGAGAUUCCAACUCAGGAUGUGGUGGGCUAUGAUAUAGACAAUGACUGUUGGGAAGAAAUAUGCAAAGCUUCGUUGCCUUGGUAUGGAUUGCAGUGUGCUGUGCUAGAGCUUUCUGAAUUACUAGAUGCUAAAGACAUUCAACAACAAAAGAGACUAACUGUUUAGGUAACAACUCACCAUAAAAUGAUCUGCAAGGACAAUUCCGUAACAUCUCCAGAAUGUCUAAAUAUUAAAAAUGUUGUCCCAUUCUAUAUUAAGAGAUAAUAUUGUGAACCAGUAAAUCGGCUUGAAUUUUGUAUUUCAAAUCACAGAGUAAAACAGGCAAAGACUAAGAACUUGUUGCCAAUAAGAGCUGUACAUAAACAACUGUUUUGUUUUCAGUAAUAACUGUGAAUUAAUACCUGAUUUGCAGAACAUAAAGCGAAGGCGUGAAGAAAGAGGCAUACUGUAGUAAAAAAAAUUAGAAUGGAAGAAUCCAUUUAUAUGCCUCUUUCUGCAUACCUUCACUUUAUGUUUGAAGCAGGUAUUCAUUUGAUACAGGAAUUAGAGGCUGCAUAAUUGCAUGAUGUUAUUAUAUUGUCCACAUGAUCCCAGUUCAUUUUUUUAGUCGUGCCAAAGCUUCAGAAUGGGGGAAAGCACUGCAAACUGCACAAAAAAAGCAAACAAAACUUUGCACUCCUUAAAUUUCUGUCAUGCUUUCCAUUUUAAUUGGUGAAAUUUUGACACAGUUGUUCUAAACUAAGGCAUAGAGUUAGCAGCUGGUCUAACUAUUAUAAGGUUGAGUGGAACAUGAAAUAAUUGUAUCUUGUAUUCGAGAAAUAACACCCUGUACUCUGUGCCCUUUAGGACCAUAAAUGGGAUGGAGAUGUUUGUUUCUAGUUGCUGAAUGACUCUGUGCUUCAGCACACUUAUAAAAGCUGCCCAUGGGUAUAUUGUGCACGAUGCAUUUCUGUUUGAAGAGGUAAAGGAAUUUUCUGCUUUGACUUCAAAAAGGCACCAGCAGCCUCUUUCUGCAUUGCUGCCAGGGUAGGAUGGGGUUUAGUAGUUUUAAGCCAUGCCUCAUUCACAGACUUGCAGAUAUGGCAUUUGAUUUCAGAGUGUGAAAUCUGACUGUAACUUAACUUUAUCAUUUUAAAUAUUCGCUUUCAAACACAAUCUAUUUUAUAUCAUAUCCCUUUAGUCUGAAAGCACUGAAGAUGCACAGAAGCACUACUCAGUCUAAUGUACAAAGAAGGCAGCACAAUGAAAAAAACGAUGGCACUCUUUCAUGCCAGACAGUCUUACAAGAUGAGGCUGGAUUUUAUGCUUGGAACGAAGUCACAAACACUGUCUACAGCAAGAUAACAUGCAGGCAGAAUUACUGUUGCAUAGCAACAGGAUGCAGUUGUAUAAGAUGCCCUAUAGGCCAAUCCUAAGAAUUUGUUGGCAUGGUCUCACUCUGUACCAGUGUUACACAGCCAACUGGGUCAAGGAGGGGCACUCAUUCUAAAGUUUCUGGGGAUCCUCAAUUUCCCAUAAACCCACCAGUUCCUUGUAUAAAUUUAAAAGACUCCUAGCUGUACGGCAUUUGUAAUCCUUUUCUUCCACAGAGAAGCUUCAGUGUAGGAAGAAACAUGUAGCUCAUGAAUAUAUUUUUUUAACUUUAGGAAAAUAGUACAGACAUUUUUAAAAAUUCCAGGAACGUCUAAUGUUAUCUGUUGCAAUACAUAUUCUUUUUUCUAUGUUAAGUUUUAGGUUCUUGGUUUGUGUUCAUUAUGCUGUAUUGGA